AUGCAUUCCGCAUGGGCCUCUUUAUGCUUAACAGCAGGGGCAGGGACCUCGGAACUGUCCGGAAGCAGCCUUGUGGACGUGCCCCUGAGGAACACGAUUCUCUUCUACCUGGGCACGGUCCGCACACCCGUGCACAAGCGCAGACAUUGCGCGUCGAAGCUCCUGAGCCGACUGUCUGGUCCGGCGCGAACCUUGGCGAUGAGUUGGAAUCGCAUGUCAUUUGACCAGCCAGGUGGAACGAAGCACCACCUCCAGAAGCUUGCAGCCUCACCCCUUGUCCAUAAGACAUUUCCAAAUCCAGCUGCCAAAGGCUCUCAAUAUUUCUCUUUCCAACGACGACAUGGUGAGAACAUAUCGAGCUUCCUCGUCGUGCACGAGGAAUUCAGCGAGGCUAUCAUCCGCCUCCACAAGGACAAGCUUGGAGUGGGCCAGGAGAAGCGCGACUUCGGACUCCCUUCGGCUGAUGCCGAGGAUUGGUCUUCUGGCGGUUGGUCCUGGUGGGAUGAAGGAGACUGUGGCGAGGAUGAGCCUCGUGAAGACGAGGCAGAUGCUAAACGUGAGCCUCCGACAGGCAGGGCUGCAGAGACUGCUGAGGAUGGUGAUGAGGCAGCAGCUGCUACAGGACCGCCGCGGGCUACAACCAGAUCGUCUUCGAGACGACCUCCUUCUCUACCAGGCGAUGGGUCACAUGCUGGACGACCUCCUUCUCUACGAGGCGACGGAGCUCUGACUAGGCCGAUUGUGUCGUCGAUCUACGAACUGAGCCUUGCCGAUAGCUUCAUACUUGCAGUUUUGCGAGGAUGGAGAUUGUUGCAAGCAGUAGGACUCAACACGGAGGAGAAGAGGGACAUCCUGAGCACCACAAAGAACAGGUUGGAUUACGAGACGAUCGCGGCGGCAUUACAGAACCUGUGGGACGAGCAGCUUCUUGGACACCAGCCUCACCACUCCGGCUCCUACCAGAACUUCAUGGCCUACCAGGCGAGAUGGACGUCUACUGCCACGAGGGUGAUGAUGACUGGUGGAAUCAAGACGGUUGGGAUGACCUCGCCUAUGCCGCGGACCACUACGAUGAUGGAGGACGGUGGCCCGAGUCUCAGCCGCACGUCCUGCAAGCUGCUGAGCAUCCUCCGGAUCCGCCUGAUGACGAGAAGCUUCGGGAAGCCCAGGCAGCUGAAAGAGUUGCCGAAUCUCUGGCAGCAGAGGCCAAUCGGUCCUGGACCGAAACGCAACGAGCAACUCAGCUCUUGCGUAAGGAUCGUGGCUUUGGCACGUUUGCUCCCUCAAACUUUUUCACCUCCACCUCGUUGCUUCAAUUGCAGCGGUCCACACAUGGGCGAUUGUCCUUCCAAUCGGGGCCUUUCCUUUGGAAAGGGGAAGUGCAAGUUCAAGGGCUAUGCCACCGAGAUGGACGUCUCCUUUGCCAACUAUGUGAACAAGGGCAAGGGCAAGUCUAAAGGCAAGCGCAACAUGUGGAUGGACAUGCAAGCUACGUGGAAGGGCAAGAGCAUCCGAGCAGGUUGUUUGUCGAGUACAGUUUCGGGUUCACGCCAACACUUCAGUCUCUACAUGCUACCGAAUCCGACAGAGUACUAUCAGAACAACUUUGAUCGAAACGAGUUGGUGCCCGUUUUGCUAGGUCUCGCUAUGAACACAGGUGACACCAACCCUACCAUCUACAAGCUGAGCCCCAACCACAAAGGGCACUACGUCAUUGACAUUGUUGAACGUGCAGAGCAGCUUUCAUGCGAGCGUAUUUGGAGAGUUUAUGAGGCAUCGCGGGCAACACUUCAGCCGGCAGCAUUUCAAGCUCAGGUGAAGCACUUGCACCCCGAGAUCAACCAGCUGCUGAAUCAGGCGGCUCGCGCCAAGGCGAAGGCCAAGGCGAAACCAGUGGGUUGGAUGUUGAUUGAAGUCAUUGUUCAUGCCACGCAGCCCAAGAUCGACGCCGAGGAGACGCUCAACAAUCUGAUUGCCGACCACCUGGGAGCAGUCGGCCUCGAGGAGGCCUACGCAGCUCUGGACGACUUCUCCGUGGCUUACACGAUCCAAGGUGACCGUGAUGGCCUGUGGGUAUUUCACGCACUCCCCACAGCUGGCUCGACAACCGAGUGUGGCCUUCGCCCAAAGUGCAUCAACCUCUUCGCGGGCUACGACCUCUACAAGUCGGACUCGUGGGACCGCCUACUAGAUCUACGACGGCAACGGCGCCCGACGCGAUUGCGGUUCUCACUACCGGGGACCAAGCGGUGUGCGUGGAACGUUCUGGACUACAACACCGAUGAACGACAAGGGCGCCUGAACGAGGCCAGGCGCAAGGAGCGACGUCUUCUGUGGAACGUGAAUCAAUUCAUCAAGGAAGCUCUGACCGAGGACGACACCACGGAGAUCGACUUUGAAUGGCCUCACCCCGUCCAAGGAUGGCAUCAACAGCCCAUGGUGGACUUGGCGGAUUGCUUGGAUCAGAAUAAGUGUUUUCCUUGGUUACCACGCCGACUGGAUGGCUGCAACUAUGGUUUGCAGGACGAUACGGACUACAAGUUCAUCAAGAAGCAGCGGCUUAUCCGCACACCCUAG